AUGUCGCUAUCGCGAUCACCCUCUCCCCGCCUGGGCGGAGGGUGGUCCAGCCCGGGUUUAACGCCCGGUAGCGGGACCGCGACUCCGAACCCACGCGGCCUCUCACCCUCCUCCCUCGCGCCAGGCGGGAUAUCCUGGGCCGCGGCGAAAGCGAAAAGCGACGAGGUGCGCGGCUACCCGUCUUUCUCAACGCGCAACAGCGGGUUCUUCUCCAGACAGAGACAUAAGAUCUCGGCUAGCUUUAGGGGCCAGUCUGGUGCUGGUGGGUAUGUGGAUAAGGAUGCCUAUGGACGCGCGCAGUGGCGUCCUAGUGGCGGUGGGCGUGGGUCGUUGGCUGCCCUUGGAAUGUUGAUGCGACGUGGACGGGUCCGCGUUUUGGCGGGGAUUCUGCUGCUUGUUAUGGGAUACCUGUUUCUUUGGUCAACGCUGGUUCAAUUAUACCGCCGGUCACCCCUAGGAGGAGGCCGUAAGAUCGUGAUCAUCCUCGGCGCCAAUGUCGAUGGCGGUGUUACGGACAUCAAGAGAGCGCGCGAAUGGGCCAUCGAGCGCAACAGUAUCUGGAAUAAAGAGGAAUACGCAAAGCGAUGGGGAUAUGAGCUGGAGGUUGCUAAUAUGCUGGCUAAGAAGCGGUAUUCUCAUGAGUGGCGCGAGGGCUGGGAGAAAGGUGAUGUGAUCCGUGAAGCCUUGCACAAAUACCCCGAUGCGGAGUGGUUCUGGUGGCUCGAUCUGAACACCUGGGUGAUGGAGUAUGGGACCUCAUUACAGAGCCAUGUCUUCAAUAACCUGGAAUCACUGGUCUACCGCGACAUCAACGAAUACAAUCCCCUCAACAUCACACACCCACUUCCGGAGUUCUACUUGGAUGAGAUAGGUCGUUCCCGGGAAGGCGACGGAGACACUCGCUCGAUCAAUGUGCUUCUUACUCAGGACUGCGGCGGGUUCAACCUGGGCUCUUUCAUGGUCCGACGGUCCCUGUGGACGGACCGUCUCUUGGAUGCGUUAUGGGAUCCCGUCAUGUACGAGCAGAUGCACAUGGAAUGGGAACACAAAGAACAAAAUGCUUUGGAGUACAUUUACCAAAGCCAAGCGUGGAUUCGCAGCAGUGUUGGGUUUCUACCCCAACGCACUAUCAAUGCUUUCCCUCAGGGUGCUUGCGGUGAUAAAAACAAUCCUGCUGUCCACUACCAGGAGGAAGACCACGACCUCCUGGUCAACAUGGCUGGCUGCAUGUUCGGUCGCGACUGUUGGGCCGAGAUCUACAAAUAUCGUGAAAUCACCGAGCGACUCAAUAGGACACCAUGGGAAAUUUUGAAAGAUACCCUCAGUGGAGCAUUCAAGCGAGAUUCUGAGGAGGAUGACGAGCCAGAACAAUAA